UAAGUGUUCUGUGGCCUGUGGUGGUAACCUCGGUAACGACUACCUGUACCUGGACUAACUUUACCUAAUAAGGUACAAUUCUACCUACAAAUAGUAUAAAUUCAUUAAGAUGAAACUGAAGUGGCAGUAAACAUAAAAAUAUAUACCAAGUAUAUUAUCUAAUUUAUUGAAGUAUUAUUUCUUGAAAAAUUCAAUAUGUCAUCACCCGGGAAUGCUAUGGACUCUUUGAUUGCUGCUCUUAAGUGCAAUAUUAUUCCAAAUCAAGAAUAUUUACUACAAGGUUCAGUGUUAGAUCAAUAUGUUGAAGUAUUGUUGCAUCGUUUAAGAGGUCUAUGUGAUAACGUUGAUAGUGGCCCAGAAUCAUUUCAUGACCACGAACUUUGUUUUUCUCUAAGGAUUGCAAAUACUGGCACAACAACCCCAAUGUCUGUGUUUGCCUUGAGAGUAAGGAGAUCGCUAGAUGUAACUGAUACACCUUUUCAGCUACGAUAUAUUGGACAACAAGAGCUAGGUGAUAAAAAUAGACCAACAGUUGUGCGUUCUAGCAUCGACAUCGCUUGCAGUUCCACUAUCACCGAAUUUUUGACAGAACUUGGAUGCAGAUUAGAUUUUGAGUAUAUUGCAAGAGGAUAUAUGUUUAGGAAAGGUAGAAUGAAAAUCACAGUUUCAAAAAUUUUCAAGAUGGGAGGUAACAAACCUGUUGAAGGAGUGGAGCCUAUCUCUCGAAGUUAUUUAGUGGAGUUAUCUGUAUUAGCACCUUCCGGUCAAGAUGCUAUUGGAGAAGAUAUGAAGCUUUUUGCUGAACAGCUUAGACCUUUAGUUCAGUUAGAGAAAAUUGAUUUCAAAAGAUUGGGGAAUAUGAUAUGAGUUUUUUUUAAAUAAGUGUAUAUUUCAGAAACA